AAAGUACCUAAAAAAUGAUUUACGAUUUACGACUGCGGGCAAUGCUACCCCUUACUAUGCCUGUACACUCAAAAUUCACCCCAUAAUCGAAAUGAAAUAACAAAACGUAUUGUUUUAUUCCUCGCUACAAUAUACAAUAGUUAUCAAAUGGCAAACACAAUGCUCCUGAUAAUCAAUGAAUCAUAAAUAGAUCCACUAAAUCAGUUAACUUCUGAUAUAUUAUUGAUCGUCAGUAAGUUGUGAUAAGCCGUUGCAUACGUCCUCGUACUUGGCAGUGGUUAUUAUUUUUAGUAAUAGUUCAUAUAAAAGCUUUGAUCAAACUUGUAUUACGACCAUUUCAUUGAAAACUUCAGCAUUGCAUUGUACUGUUUAUUUUCUGUACUUGCAUUAAUAAAUUUAACAAUGUUUAAUAGUCGGAUUAAUUUAAAUUCAUUGGUGUUUAUUAGUUUAUUUAUUACUUGCAACGUUCAUAAAGGAACAUCAUUACAGUGUUAUCAGUGCGAAUCUAACAGUGAUGGUGAAUGUUGGUCUGACCUUUCGACGACUCUUUUGGUCACAUGUGGUGACGAAAAUAGUACUACACCAAACCCUUUAACUAACUUAACUACAAUAGCUCCUAUUACACCUUCUACGACAACUUCUACUACAGAAUCAACGACAGAAUCGACUACACCUUUAACAACAGCUUCUACUACAGAAUCUACUACAUCUUUUACGACAACUUCUACUACAGAAUCAACUACACCUUCAACAACAGCUCCUACUACAGAAUAUACUACAUUUUCUACUACAGAAUCAACUACACCUUCAACAACAGCUUCUACUACAGAAUCUACUACAUCUUCUACGACAAAUUCUACUUCAGUGACUAGGAUAGCUUCAGACAAAAGCCGAUUUAGGCGUUCAGUUGAUCUUCGUGCAGAUGGUGCUUGGGAGUGUAUUAAGCAUAUCAAGAAAGAAGGAGAUGAGGAAAUAGUCAACAGAAAAUGUGCAAAGACAAGUGAAAAAUUCUGCAAUGACAAAGCUGAAAAUUCCUGUUUUGUCUGCAGUGACAAGGACGCUUGUAAUUCUGCUUCUAAUAUUGGAUUCCAAAUUAUUUUCAUGACUUUGCCUUUAACCGUUGUAUUUUUUUUUAGUACAAUAAUUCCAUCAUAUUUAUCCAUGUAAUAAUUUAAGACAAUGAAGUCAAAUGUUUUAGUUAAGAUUGAAUAUUAUUCACUUGAAAAUGUA